CACGAGCCGGCGUAAUUGUGUGGGGUUAUUGGUGCUCCGAAGCCGAUUUUCACCUCCAAGUGCCUGUUCUGCUUGAGAGGCCCGCUAAUGCCAUUCUAUAGACCUUCGAGGCUUCUGCAGAAUCUGUACCACGCUUCCAAUGCUAACAGAGUCUCACGCCUACAAAGGCCAGUAAUUCUUACCCGGGAUUUUCUCACCAAACGACUGGUAUCAAGUGCGACCAUAGCCGAAGAUGGAUCCCUUCAGCCGAACGUCAUCCAUGGAAAGGUCUUGGGGUUACGGUCAUUUGUGCUCAAUAGACCCUAUCGAAUGAAUGCCUUGAACCUUAGCAUGAUACGAAACAUAUAUCCUCAGCUGCAGGCAUGGGAACAAUCGGACAAUUGUAAAUUAAUCAUCAUGAAAGGAGCAGGAAAAAAUGAAUUUUGUGCUGGAGACGACGUACGAGACAUUUUACUCCAAGUCAAACAAAAAGACCCCAACGCGUUACAUUUUUAUCGAGAAGAAUUCGACUUGAUCCAUUAUAUUUCAAAUUUGAAGACACCUUAUAUUUCAUUUAUGAAUGGCCACGCUCUCGGUGCUGCACUAGGUAUUUCUGUCCAUGCACCAUUCCGGAUUGCCACGGAAAAGACCAUUUUCGCCGUUCCGGAAGCUGGCAUUGGUCUGUUCCCAGACGCAGGAGCUAGUUUUUUCCUUCCUCGCCUUGAUGGUCAAAUAGGGACGUUUCUUGCUUUGACUGGAACGCGAUUGGAAGGCAUUCAAGCGUUUUAUGCAGGUGUUGCCACGCAUUAUGUUCCUUCGGAGAGGCUAGAGCAGCUAGAAGAUCGUCUGUCAGAUAUGGAGAGCUCGGAUCAUGAGGUGAUCAAUAUGGUUAUUGAAGAGUAUUCGACGUUGACAGACACCAAAAAGAUUGGGUUUGAACAAGAGACACGCCAGAUCAUUGAUAGAUGUUUCCGACAUGACACAGUGGAGGCUAUCUUGGAGGCGUUGGAUCGCGAAAGACCAAUGUCGUUCACCAGAGAGGCCAAAUCAAAGAUGCUUCACUAUUCACCCACCAGCUUACGUGUCAUCUUGAAGCUUCUACGAGCUGGCGCCAAUAAGACGUUGGGUGAAUGUUUGCAGAUGGAAUAUGAUUUAGUGCAAAAAUUUAUGGCUACUCCUGAUUUUUACGAAGGUGUCGAUGCUCAGUUGGUACGCAAGCCAAGGGAAAAACCAAAGUGGCAACCUCCAGCACUUUCCGACGUACCGACAGAAAUGAUAGACAGGUUAUAUUUCACCAAACCCUCGCCUAAUUCCUUACAACUUCGUGAAUCACUCGAUUUCAAAGAAUACCCAUACCAACGCUACUCAUUACCAAGCGAACUUGAAGUGCGAGCGGCGGUCCUAGGAGAGAGUGCAGAAUUUCGUAACAGCGGCGGCAUAGCGAGCACGGAGGAAACGGUGCGUUGGUUCAAGAUGGAAAGGAAAAAGAAGAAAGGCGUGGCCGAGAAGGUCAGAGACAUCUUGUCACGGAAAACCAUCAUCAUUGAUGGAAAGCUGUGUUGGCAAGCCUCUCUAUAGUAGUGUGCAAUAAAUAUCUCACAUGUACUUUUGGUCUCCCCUCUUUUCUUUUUAUGUUUUCUUCUUUCAUUCACUUCACGGUUGGCUCUAGAAUUAUCACUAUAUUUUCCUCCUCACAUCAGCCA